AUGGUAGUCACGCUUCAUUGUUUAGCAGAUGUUUGCUUAAUACCAGUAAGUAAUAACAGUUUCAAUUCAAAACAAUACUAACUUGUCAGAUUGGCACUAGUACAACUUCAGUAUCUGAUGAAGUCACUGCAAUCACAAAAUUAGCUCAAGAUAGUCACUUGGAAACAACUUUACAUUCAGCUGGUACUACAAUUGCUGGUCCAUGGAAUGAAGUUAUGAAUUUAAUAGGUGAAAUGCAUCAGUUAUUACAUGAUAAACAUGGAGUUUUACGUAUUCAAAGUGAUAUUAGAGUUGGUACAAGAAUUGAUAAAGAACAAAAACCACAAGAUAAAAUUGAUAUAGUACAACAUAAAUUAAAAUUAUAUCAGUAA